CCUCGCGCCUCUCCUCAGCCUCCUCCUCCGCGCGCGAGCCCUGCUCAGCCCUGUCAGCAGCGCCACUCGGACUCGCCUCCGUCGGCAGGAGCGGCAGCAGCAACAUCAGCAUCAGCAGCAGAGCAGUGGCCUCCGCGCUCCUCCGCACCUCCUCCUCCUCCGCCCGUGGGCACCAUGGCCUCUGGAGUAACAGUGAAUGAUGAAGUUAUCAAGGUUUUUAAUGACAUGAAAGUACGGAAAUCUUCAACACCAGAAGAGAUUAAAAAAAGAAAGAAAGCAGUUCUCUUCUGUUUAAGCGACGACAAAAAACAAAUAAUUGUAGAAGAAGCAAAGCAAAUACUAGUUGGUGAAGUUGGUGACACAGUGGAGGACCCUUACACAUCUUUUGUGAAGCUGCUACCGCUGAAUGAUUGUCGAUAUGCUUUGUAUGAUGCAACAUAUGAAACAAAGGAAUCAAAAAAAGAAGACCUGGUAUUUAUAUUCUGGGCUCCUGAAAGUGCCCCUUUAAAAAGCAAGAUGAUCUACGCAAGCUCUAAAGAUGCCAUUAAAAAGAAAUUUACAGGUAUUAAACACGAGUGGCAAGUAAAUGGUUUGGAUGAUAUUAAAGAUCGUUGUACACUGGGAGAGAAACUAGGAGGCAACGUGGUAGUUUCACUUGAAGGCAAACCAUUAUAAAAGGACAGAAGUGCCAUCUGGAGCUUCCAUUACUGCAGCUCAUUCAAUUGGGAUACCAUUUGUUUCUUUUGCCCCACCUUCCCAGAUCCGAAACACCUGAAGGAAAUAUAAUUUAAUUAACAAUCGGCAAAUGAUCACCUGACUGUUUUUAAACUUGAUAGUUUUAUGUAGAUUCCAAGGAAUGCCUUCCAUCAUAUUUUUAGCCAAAACUGAUGAUGUGGGCAUUCCUUGAAAAUGUGUACAAUGAAUGUGAUAGUUGAUGUGGAUAGUCUAGCCAAGCAACAAGACAUUUAAGCUAAUUGAUUGCCUUUUAAGUGUUGUCCAAUGGUCAAAUGGUAAGACUCUUUUCAAUAUUACUUAACAUUUGCACUUGAUUACGGUUCCAUGAGGCUCUUGUGCAUUCAUACACCUCACCUGCCUUGACAAGCCUAUUUUUUGUGACAUGGCAGCACACAACACUAUGCAUUUAAAGCACUUUUUUGUAAUAUGUUUUAUUUCUCCCCUCACUCCCAGGAAUGCCAAUUAAUUUCUGUAAUUGUGUCAUCAAACAGUUGUAAUAGUUCAGUCUCCAUUCCUAUUACAUGCAUAUCUUUAUAAAGGAAGUAGCUGUAAUUAUGCCUUUUUGUUUUUCUGUUGAAUGUACACUACUGAACAGAAGUAGAAACUUAUCUGUUUACCAUGCGAGUCCUGCAACACUAAAGAUGUUUGUAAAACAUCAGUCAUAAUGGCAGUUUCUGUAUAAAAAGAGCCUUAAAUGGAACGCUGUUUUUGAGAUCAAAUACAUUGGCCACGUUGCAAUAAAACUUGUGGCUUAUUACAGAAUGUUGCCUUGUUUUCAUUGGAAAAAUGUAUGUUUAAAUAUUUUGCACUGCUUUUUACCCUCCAAUUGUAUCUUUCAUAGAUGUUUAGCAGUGGCUGUCAAUCUCUUGUUUUUAAAAAAUUUAUUUCUGAUUUUACUGUAAAAAUGAUCUAAAGGGACCCCCCCCCCUAUUAUUUACUGUACAGUAUUAUGUUGCCAUUGUUAGGGAGCAAUUAGACCAGCAAUCUACAGGUAGCUUAUAUCUGAAACUUAUAAGGGAAUUUAUUACCCCAAUAGUAGAUUUUUACAGAAUACUCCUCAUAGUUUUACAUGCUUAUUUAGUAUUGCACAUGCUACCUUUUGUCUGGUCAUAGGGCAACUGUUCUCCAAUUAACUUUUGUGCUAAUAGGACUGGAAAGCUUUUGCAGCUACUAAGUCUUGCAUCAGGAACAUGAUUGGCUAAGAGCCAAGCACUGCUCUCCUUAUAGAGAAUUUGAUCUGCUCUGUGCGAGCAGUCCUCCGCUAGCCAGAGCUAUUUAUGGCAAACACAUGCUUUUGUAUCUUGUCAUCAGUUCUCCACAAAUGGCAAAACUGGACAUGAUUCCACUGGUAUGCAUAAAGGAACUCUGCUAGGCAGCCAAUCGCUGCUGAAGUGUACAUACCACUAAGAAUACUUUCAUCAAACGUCAGAAAUUACAAACAGCAAUAACUUCUUAAAAGAGGGUGGCAAAGAAUAAGAAAUCAGCUGUAAAAGUGACUGUACUAAAGCUUGGGGAGAAAUAAGCUAAAUAGGUUUAUACACUGAAUGACUUAGUUUUCUGUAGUUAUGGCAUAGAACCUUUCACUGUUUCAAGCUUAAAGCUGUCUCUGACUUAUUGGAAAGGAAAUGUAUAUCUUUUAGAGUACUAACUAAACUCUACUGUAGAAUGUAAGGCAUGCAAACUAUUGCUAGAUGUUAAUGAUUUUGUAGUAAAAGGGAAACUUAAAAUGAUUCACAAGAGGUAUUUUAAUGAUUGGAAAGUAUCUCCAUCCCAUGUCUUUCUCAGAUAUUCUGCCAUAUGUACCAAACAACAUAAAAACCUAGCUGUUUUUUUGUUUUUUUUAAAAAAGCACCACUUCUUGCUCAAUAAUUUUAUUAUCUAGGACCAUUCUGCUUCCCUUCUAAAAUUAGAAUGUGCUGAUUUAAUGCUUUAUUGGAGAACCCCCAGAUGCUUUAAAAUGAAUGCUAAACUUUAAAAAUCUGUACAGACCAGUGUUUAUCCCAUCUGCAGUACAAAACACUGUUUUUCGGUUCAUGUAAUCCUCUGUUAGCAAUGUCAUUGGUGUUUGCAAAUUAUGUUGGAACAGAUGUCCAAGGCUUUAGAUCUGAAUAUUGUAGGGUACAUGUACAUUAACAUUUAGUCUAGCUAUGCCUUUGCCCAAAUUCCAUAUGCAUUUCUGUAAAAUCAAAACUUAUUUGUGUUAAGUACAGAACACAGCAUAAUACUUAUGAUUUUAAAAAAUUAAAACUUGUUUACUGCUGAAAGAGUACUGACUUAGAUCCAAUCCAGUAAACUACAACUUGCUUUUGGAAAUGCUGCUACAAAACCCAUAUUGCUUGGACAAUAAAACAAAUGAGAGACAGCUGGCAUGUGUUCCAAAUUGGCUGUCAGCUGUUGUUUUCUGUCAUGCAAAAUGAUGAAGGCCUCAUUGUGACUUAAAGGUUGAAAGAAAGCUUCACACUCUGAGCAUCAUGCAUGUCUCCCAUCGAAGAUGGGACACUGAGUGUCUGCUAUACUUACUUUAUUGGUAAAAAAUAAAUAAAAGUUUUCAUGACAGUA